GCAGGAAUCCUCGCGGGUCCUACUAACCGCACAUCUUUAGAAGCUGCUACGGCCGAGAAGCCUGGCCCGCUCGAGGUUGGCCCAGAAUUCGGGACGCUUGCCGGUCCGGCAUCAAGGCGAGAUCUGAUUGGUCAACAAUCUGGACCCAACAGCCAAUCAUGGCCCAGUAUUGGCCAAAUGCCGGUUGCCCAUGGCGCAUCAAGAACGCGUCAGAAAUUCCGGAAAGUUAUAACGCCAGCGGCUCGAGGCAUAUUGCACUUUCCUGCAGACACCCUGCGAAUGGAGGAACAGUUCAACCGGCAACAUGGAGCAACUGCGCGCGCAUUCAGCGAAGGCCAAAAUGUGUUGGUUCGUGACUACAGCGGCAGACGCCCUACAUGGAGCCCAGAACUCAUCCCCCGUCGGCGCUGCAAAGUGCUCUACGAGAUUCAGGUUUGUCCAGCCAAAAUGGAGGAACAGUUCAACCGGCAACAUGGAGCAACUGCACGCGCAUUCAGCGAAGGCCAAAAUGUGUUGGUUCGUGACUACAGCGGCAGACGCCCUACAUGGAGCCCAGAACUCAUCCCCCGUCGGCGCUGCAAAGUGCUCUACGAGAUUCAGGUUUGUCCAGCCAAGAUCAUGUCAUCGGAUAGACCGGUGGAUUUGUACGUGGAGCUGAAUUCUGACUGCAAUGCAAUAGGAUCAACGGUUUGGGACUAUUCAGGGCAUCAAGUUACCUUUUCUGUUUAUGGCCCGGAUGAGGUGAAGUCACAAGAUGAGCUUACGCAUCGUGCCCGUGUGGAUAUUUUGGUUCUUCCUUCCGUCGGACAACACACGCUAAAAGAGACGGAACUGGAGGCCUUCUUAACUCCAAUCGUCGAACGUCUUGUGGACGUCAAAGCAUUCCCACGGUCCAAAAUAUCUGGUCGUCUUUGCAUCUUAUCCGGUGACGCUUCACAUCCUCAAACAGUCGCCGCCGCUUUGAAUGCGAUCUCGCUGUCGCUGUUACAAUCAGGGCUCCCACUCCGUGCCACCAUCUCCGCCGUUUGCCUGGAAGUGGAAUCCAAACCACUGGACCAUUUUCCGGCUGUGUUCGCCAUUUUCACCGGAUCUUCCGCUCCAACGUCACACGCCACUGGCGAACCAGGCUUCACAUUCCUCAAUCUUCUGAACAUACUCGCUCUUCCUGUCGGUGGGGCAUCCGAACUUGCUGCCCACCCCCUGUACAGUCGAGCCCUUGAUUUGGCUAACGUGAUGGUUACGCAACUUGGCUCUGUUCAUCAUAUUCGAAAUUGA